AUGGCCACCGACGUCAAGCAAGACAACACCCUCUCCUAUCCGCCCAAAUCCCACCACACAUCAGACCCCUUCCUCCAGCCCUUCCUCAGCCCGUCCUUUGACCCAGCCGCCUACCUCAACACCAGCCUGCCCCCCCUAACCCUCAAGUCCCCCAUGCCCUCCAACCACAACGCCGUCCCGCUGUCCGACCUCGCCGCGCAGGCGCAGACGCUGCUCUCGCAGCUCGACGCCCACACCACGCGGCUGUCGGACACGCUGACGCAAAUCACCGACGACAUCCUCCGCAGCGGCGGCAGGAUGUCGUACGAGGUCGAGAUGUUGAGGGGCGAGGCGCUGAGCCUGGAGGAGCUGCUGUUUGAGAAGCUGGCGGAGCAGAUUGGCAUGUUUGUGCCGGGGGGGCUGAACAAGGAGGGCGAGGCCAAGACUCAGCAGAGAGAGGAGGAAGGGGGGGAGAGGAAGAAGCCGAAGGAGGAGACAAAAAAGCCUGCGGACGAAGGGGGAGAAGGGUCGGAAGCAAAGACGACUGCGAAACCGGAGGGUGCAGAGGAGCCCGAGUCUAUCAAGCAGCUGAGGACGCUCACGCUCGUCCGGGAGCGAUUGGACUCUGUCAUCAAGGUAUUCGGCGACGCCAUGGAGUUCAGUUUCCCACCGUCAGAAGUCUCCGUCAGCUCAGGCUUCCUGUCCGUAUCCGCGCCGGAGCCAGGGUCGGAUCUACAAAGCUCAGAGGAAAAGGGCCAACAGACUCUUCAGAAGCUACGGGACGAGAUAUCAGGUCUGCUGCACGACAAGCAAGACCCCGUUUCGGGCAUUGAAAAGGCAGCCGAGCGGAUCGAGCAGCUCAAGAAGCUGGCGACGGUGUGGAACGGCACGGCGGAGGAAAAGGGCCGGACAAGAUUCAUUGAGAGCUUGGCCAAGAUGGUUGAGGACAGGCAUCGCGAGCUGCUCAAGGAGCUGGAUGCGAAGAAGAGUGAGGCUGCUGUCACGACGACGACGACGACGACGACGACGACGAGCCAACAAGCACGCGGUGGUGGCAGUGCUGCGAGUGCUAGGGAUGGUGCUGGAGAGACGCAGCCUGCUGGGUUUGGGCUGAUGAGCCAGCUGCAGAAGCUUCGCGGUGGCUUGUGA